AAAAAAAAAAAAGAGUAGAGGAAUCCACAGGCGCUUUCUGUGAAGAGACUGAAGUGGAGUUGCAUGGAGUCCAUCAGACUGGAGAAUGAAGAUCUCUGCAGUGCUAACAGCUCUCCUGACUAAUCUUCUGCUGGGAAAUGUGUGUUCAUCCAUCAACGUCACAGUCUCUCCGGCUCCCUUCACGGUGGUGGCGGAGGGUCAAAACAUCACCCUGUCCUGUCAGGUAAGCCAGCGGAAGCGAUCAGCGAGUCUGCCGGUGGUUCGCUGGAUGUUUCAACCAGAAUCUGGAGGAGAGGAGCUGCUGGUAGCACGAGUGAACAUGAAGAGAGCCAAGUUUUACGGGAACUACACCAAGAGCUUCCGCAAGCCCAAAAUGAAGCUGACCGUGGUGAAACAGGGCAAGAUCUUCAACCUGCUGAUCGUGAACAUCAGCGAGCGGGACAGGGGUGUGUACAGCUGCAGGGUGCAGGAGUUUAACAAACACCAGGAGCGAUGGAAAGCUUCCACCAACAGCUCGGCCUCCACGCAGCUCAGAGUGCAUGUUCUCCCAGCCGGCAGACCAAAGGAGGAUCUGUGGAGUCUGUUUGAAGAUGUGUAUCUGUGUGCUGUGCUGGUGUGUUGUGUCGGACUCUUGUGCAUGUGCAUGUUCACUAUAGCUGUGAGCUGCCAGUAUCUACAGAGGAAGAGACGGUUAAAAGAAAACUAUCAUUUGGUCAAGAGUCCACAGAACAGUUCGGGAGAGACGGUCACUAGCCUGGUCAGUUUGUCUCCAGCUCUUCCCAAGAAGGUCAGAAAGUACAAGAAAAACAAAACUGUGGAGCAGGCGGAUGUUCCACCAGAGAUACCGGCUAAAGCCCCUAUUGCAGACAAAAUGCGCAAGCCGAAGCUUUUAAAACCUCAGCCCAGAAAAGUGGUUUUGCCCAAAAUUGCAGAGGAGAGUCUGACAUACGCCGAGCUCGAGCUGAUCAAGCCAUUGCCUGAAGCCAAAGCUGCAAAGACAGGAACCGUGUACGCUCAGAUACUCUUCGAGGACAAGCCUGUGUAGCAUUGCAUGUGCUGAGAAGGACGUUUAUUUAUGUAUUAACACCAUGUUGAUUCCA